AUGGAGUACAGACAGGGGGACACUGGGGAUCUAACCUGGAGUACAGACAGGGGGACACCGGGGAUCCGUAGAGCCUGGCCUGCACGUGAAUGGAGUUGUUGGUCUUGGUGUUGUAGGUCUUGGACACCGAGGAUCCCUAGAGCCUGGAGUACAGACAGGGGGACACCGGGGAUCCGUAGAGCCUGGCCUGCACGUGAAUGGUGUUGUUGGUCUUGGUGUUGUAGGUCUUGGACACCGUGGAUCCCUAGAGCCUGGAGUACAGACAGGGGGACACCGGGGAUCUGUAGAACCUGGCCUGCACGUGAAUGGAGUUGUUGGUCUUGGAGUCGUAGGUCUUGGACACCGUGGAUCCGAAGACCCGGGCCUGCAGACAGGGGGACACCGGGGAUCCGUAGAGCCUGGCCUGCACGUGAAUGGUGUUGUUGGCCCUGGUGUUGUAGGUCGUGGACAUCGAGGAUCCGUAGAGCCUGGCCUGCAGACAAGGGGACACCGGGGAUCCGUAGAACCUGGCCUGCACGUGAAUGGUGUUGUUGGUCUUGGUGUUGUAGGUCUUGGACACCGAGGAUCCCUAGAGCCUGGAGUACAGACAGCGGGACACCGGGGAUCCGUAGAGCCUGGCCUGCACGUGAAUGGUGUUGUUGGUCGUGGUGUUGUAGGUCUUGGACACCGAUAAUCCGUAGAGCCUGGAGUACAGACAGGGGGACACCGGGGAUCUGUAGAGCCUGGCCUGCAUGUGAAUGGUGUUGUUGGUCUUGGUGUUGUAGGUCUUGGACACCGGGGAUCCGUAGAGCCUGGCCUGCACGUGAAUGGUGUUGUUGGUCUUGGUGUUGUAGGUCUUGGACACCGUGGAUCCGUAGAGUAUGGAGUACAGACAGGGGGACACUGGGGAUCUGUAGAGCCUGGCCUGCACGUGAAUGGUGUUGUUGGUCUAGGUGUUGUAGGUCUUGGACACCGAGGAUCCCUAGAGCCUGGAGUACAGACAGGGGGACACCGGGGAUCCGUAGAGCCUGGCCUGCACGUGAAUGGUGUUGUUGGUCUUGGUGUUGUAGGUCUUGGACACCGUGGAUCCGUAGAGCCUGGAGUACAGACAGGGGGACACCGGGGAUCCGUAGAGCCUGGCCUGCACGUGAAUGGUGUUGUUGGUCUUGGUGUUGUAGGUCUUGGACACCGAGGAUCCCUAGAGCCUGGAGUACAGACAGGGGGACACCGGGGAUCCGUAGAGCCUGGCCUGCACGUGAAUGGUGUUGUUGGUCUUGGUGUUGUAGGUCUUGGACACCGUGGAUCCGUAGAGCCUGGAGUGCAGACAGGGGGACACCGGGUAUCCGCAGAGCCUGGCCUGCACGUGAAUGGUGUUGUUGGUCUUGGUGUUGUUGGUCUUGGACACCUGGGAUCCGUAGAGCCUGGCCUGCACGUGAAUGGUGUUGUUGGUCUUGGACAUCUAGGAUCUGUUGAGCCUGGCCUGCACGUGAAUGGUGUUGUUGGUCUUGGUGUUGUUGGUCUUGGACACCGCGGAUCAGUAGAGCCUGGUCUGCAGACAGGGGGACACCGGGGAUCCGUAGAGCCUGGUAUGCACGUGAAUGGUGUUGU